AAAGGAUAUGGUUCAAAAUAAACUAACGUUGUAACGAGUCUGGCGACUUGCUUGUGAGCAACAGAGAGAAAAUGAUGCUACCAGGAGAUCCCUGGAUUCAUCAGUUAACUCAAAAACAGUUCGCGUGUGCGUUUGCGCCUUUUCCGCGCUCCACCUGGAUUCAUCCACAGGUGCCGAAUGACAAUUUUGAUCGUGUUUGCAAAAACAUCUGGAGAAGGGCAAAGGAGGCGAAGGAGGAGCUUGGCAGAAGUCGAAGUUUACCUGAGAGGCAGCAGAAUAGAGACUGCACGGCUCCAGACAACAAGCCAAUUAACCGGGAUGGUCAGUGGCAGAAAGAUGACGAUUCGGGCCCGAGCACACAGUAUGAGGAGGCCAAGCAGCAAUACCACCCUAACUUCACCCUUCCUUGCCCUUAUCUCUCGGGCCGCAGACAUCCCCAUUUUGCCAGGCCUGCACGGGUACCGAGCCCUGCGAUGGAAGGAAAGAUGAAAGAAAAUGAGGAGGAGGCAAAGAGGAAAAGAAAUUUGGUCAGCAUGAUGACUUUGGAGUCUAAAGUUGUUUUCUGUGAGAAAGAUGAAGGAGAUAAACAACAGAGUGUUGAACCCGAACGCAUCUGCUCUGCCACUGAAGACAGCACCCCACAUCUGCAGGAUGAGGAAGAUCCUCCUCUUCCUUCUGAGCUACCUAGGGAAACAUGUGAAAGUGAGGAUGAGCAGAAUAUAAGAAGCAGUCCUGACAGAAAUUCUAGUGAUGAUGAUGAUGUUGUAACGCUGCCUGGUGUGCGAAGUCGCGCCACUGAUAGCAGCGAUGAUGACUCAGCGAAUGACAACGACUGCAAGGAAGAGGAAAAUGAAAUUCCACACUCAUCUGAUGAAUUAAGCUCUAACUGCAAGCAGGAUUCCCCAUCUUCCAGCACAGAGAAGGACUUUCCUCCACUAUGUACCAUAAAAGCUGGCAUUCUACCAUGUUCCAUGGAGCCUCCAGCCUCGGGGAAGAUGCAUGGCCAGUGGGAUCUUCCCCUUUCAUUACGCCCACAUGACAUCCCCAUUGCCACUUUGGCAGGUGGCGUGACCGCCCCUGCGCAGGCUCCUGUCCAAGGCAAAGCAGAAGCACCUCAGGCAAACUCGAAAACCAACGCACCACUAGCAGACCCAGAGCAACAGGAGGCUUAUGACCUACUGGCUGACUUCCCUGCUCUCCAGCCCCCAAAGAAACCUUUAGCACUGGGUGUGUUGCGUGAUUGUAAUCCCAAGACCAAAAAAACAGAGGGGAAAAGAGGGAUUAUCCAUUCACCAAACCACCGCAAAAAGAGUGGGACUUCCCAUCAGAGGAGGAUGGAAAAUGUGUCCCUCACGGUCUCCUCCAUCUGCGCAGGAGAUCAGAAAUCUGUGCUGGACCUUCAAACAUUUGGCCCGGCCAUCCAAGGCAACUCUCCCACCAUCAGCUGUGAGGAACUGAAGGCCAAAGAACAGCCGCCUCCUGGAGUUGCAGGUACAGAUGGCGUGGAUGUUAAUGCCAGGUCCUGGGCUAGCGCUGCCAAGGCAGGCAUGAAGCAAGCAGCUGCCCCUCAGGAGAAAGCCAGACCUUGUACCUUUCAGCAGAUAGUUACCAUUAACAAAGCCAAAGCCGGCAAUUCUGCUGCUCAGAACAUUGCCAAAAAAGUGACUCAUUCCCACCAGGCAGCCAGUGUGAUGGUGACUGCUGUGUGCCAUCACCCUCAACCCUGCAACCCAAACCUGCUUGUUAGACCUGGUUACCCUCCCACCCAUCAGGGAGGGAACCCUGUCUAAACACAGCCACAUGUGUUGACAGCCAGUGUGACGGCUGAAGUGAUUGUGUUUCUACUGAAGACAUUGUUGGACAUUAUUAAAAUGCACUAGAAUCCGUCAUUUUUUCCUAAUAAAAAUUUGUUUC